AAAUGUCUGGUUCAGAGGGUUAAAUUCGGACAGAGAGGGGGGAGGGGCUAAAGUUUCAGUGGGCUGGGGCCAGUGCCGGAAGAACUGCGGUCGCUACAACGCACGCACCGCGCAGCAGCUCGACAACAGGAAGCAAUGUUCAUAGAGGUUCUGAUUGCUCUGGUGGUUGGAGGAAUCCUCUUCCGGCUGGUGCUAAGAAGAGGCAGCCAUGUUUUGAAGACAGAGGAUGGUUGGUGGGGGGUUGGUCCAGUCCCUGAUGGCGAGCAGGACAUCACCACCUACCCUUUUAAAGUGACCACUAGCGAUCCAGAGCUGGAGGACCUACACAGAAGAAUAGACCAAACGCGCCCAGUUCCCUCACUGGAAGACAGCCAGUUCAAUUAUGGUUUUAACUCGGAGUAUCUGGAGAAGGUCGUCUCUUACUGGAGGAAGGACUUUGACUGGAGGAGACAAGUGGAUAAACUUAACCAAUAUCCUCACUUUAAAACCAACAUUGAAGGCAUUGAUGUUCACUAUGUGCAUGUGAAACCCAAACGAGUGCCAGAGGGGACCAGUUCUAUUCCUCUCAUCAUGGUUCAUGGCUGGCCAGGCUCCUUCUAUGAAUUUUAUGGGACAAUUCCACUGCUAACAGAACCAUCAGACCCCCAGCCCCUUGUGUUUGAGGUGGUGUGCCCAUCCAUACCCGGAUAUGGCUACUCAGAAGCACCACAUAAGAAAGGUUUUGAUUCAGUGUGUGCUGCUCGCAUCUUCCACAAACUGAUGAGACGGCUGGGCUUUCAACAGUUCUAUGCUCACGGGGGAGACUGGGGCUGGCUUGUCACCACCAACAUGGCUCAACUGGAACCCAAGAUUGUCAAAGGCUUGCAUGUGAACUUUGCUCCAACUUCCAAACCUGGACUGACCAUGACCUUAUCGCUCCUGCUUGGCCGUCACUUCCCCAAGCUGUUCGGCUUCACCAGCGUGGACCUUGAACGUCUCUACCCCUGCAUGGAAAAACUGUUUGUGGAGGCCAUCAAGGAGACUGGCUACAUGCACAUCCAGGCCACCAAACCCGACACCGCAGGUCGAGGGCUGAACGAUUCACCAGUCGGUCUGGCUGCGUACAUUCUGGAGAAGUUCUCCACGUGGUCACAUCAAGACUUUAGAAACCUGGAGGACGGAGGACUCACUAGGAAGUUCUCGCUGGACGACCUGCUGACUAACGUGAUGAUCUACUGGACGUCCGGCUGCAUCGUUCCCUCAAUGAGGUUUUAUAAGGAAAACUUCUCCCGUCUCGACUCUCCCCACAUCAAGAUACCGGUGUCCGUGCCCGCUGGGUUUGCAUGUUUCCCCGACGAGCUGAUGCACACCCCAAAGCUGUGGGUCCAACAGAAAUUCCAUAACCUCCUCACCUACACACACAUGGCUCGUGGGGGUCAUUUUGCAGCCAUGGAAGAACCUCAGCUGAUGGUUGAGGACAUUCACAACUUCAUCAAGAAAGUGGAAAAGAUCAAAGCACAGUAGAGAUUAUUCUGAGGUGGUCUUGGUGGUUUUUUUUUCUUCUUUUGCUUUUGAAAUACACAAAAUAUGUAACUCGAGUGUAACCUUUUUACUCCCGUUGAUUUGUUUAUUUCAAACCCAUUGUGGCAAAUUCAUAAAACCUUCGUCAGUGUCGUGACCUACAUAAGCGUAUCGAUCAACAAUUCCACGUCGUAUUCCUUUCGACGUUGAUUCAAAUACCUAACGAGACAUAAUCGAUCGUCUCGUACCCAGUUCCCAUCAAGAUUUGCUUUGGUUCCGUUUGGUCUGCAUUGUUUGGCUAUUCCGUUGUAAAUAAAAAAUGUCCCCAAAACACUGUUGACCAUAGAGACUUGACCCUAACGACCCUUAAGUCGUAUAGAAAAUGGAUGGAUGGAAAUAGGACCCUGAUCAGGGUUUAUUGAUCCGAACCACACAGUGGCGAGCCAAACUGAACUGCGCCGCUUUGUGGAAAUGUGGCUGAUAUCCAUAAAAUUACAACAACAACAACAACAACAAAUGAAAGUUUUUUUUUUUUUUUUUUUUUUUUUGCAGUGCAAGUACCGGUUGAGAGAACAAUAAUAUUUUGUGCAAUGAGUUCUAACACAAACGCCUGUGGCUAAACUGUAUUUGAAGGCAUUUAAACAAAGUGAAAACGUCCAGCGUGUGUUUACUGUCCCCCCUGCUGGUGUUUAUGGUUUCUACCUUCCUCCGAGCCUCCCCGUCAGCCUUGCGGGCCGGCAGCUGCAGAUGGAAGGUCAGCGGGCACUCGGUGUUAUUGCGUCGACGGCGCAGGGAAGGCAAUAGGCAUUCCGCCGACUGAUAUCACACCGAGUCUAUUUGGCCACAUACGGCGCAUGAUGCUAACCGAAAACGUCUACUGACGUUUGCUAUUCAAAACACGCGCGGACAUUUUGUCACAGUUGAAAGCUUUUGAAUUGUUGAGUUUAUUUUUUGGGACCGUAAAUGUGUACAAUCAAGCUCCUUGCUCCUCAUUUUAAGAAGUUAACGCAUUUUUUGGGGAUUGAAAUCAUGACCUGAAAUGUUGUUUUGUUUGUCUUUGCUUGGUUCCGGAAAGUGUAGUAUGUUCAGCAUGAAAGUAGUGCAAUAGUGGCAAUGCACCAGUAACUAGAAGCAAUUUACUGUACUAUUUACUUUGAUUGAAGUGAUCUGAAUGUUUCAUCUGAAGGACUAAUAAAAAUAUUUGGCACGUUG